CCGGUUCACCCAUGCCAUCUUCCAGUUCUGUCACUCCCCCUGUCCAGGAUCCUGCCACGGUUUCUCAGCUCGUGCCAUCACCUACACUACUAGUACCCUUGCGAGCUUCUAAAAUGUCGAAAAUUGACAUCCCCACCUUCUCUGGCCCACUUGAACCAGCGGCCAUCAAUGCCUGGCUUGGCUGUUGUGAAGACUCUUACCUUGCAUGGUCUGCCCUCAAUGCAGGUCAAGUUAUGCCUCCACAACUUCGCAUUGUGCUUGCUGGGCUCAAGCUUGACGAACCUAGCACCAGCCUCUGGUGGAGCGAGAAUCAUGAUUCCAUCCUCCAACUGCGUGUUCACACAAUACCAAAUCUUGGGUAUGAGAACUUGAAGGUUGAUGCUCUCAUCAAUGUCAUGGCAACAACUUGGUCUAGUCUUGUCGUGGAAGGCCUGACAAAGUCAUUGCCCACUAGACCAAUGUCUACUGCUCCCUCUACAUCAACCAUGCCUAGACAGAAGCCUGCAUACCCUCUUCCUGAUCUCAGCUAUGCAGAGCAUGAAGCAUUGCAUUCAGCCGGUGACCAAAGACGCGGAAUUCCCCCACGUGCCCCUCGUCAGGUGACAACUGUGGCAGCAGUCACUAUCCCUGAAGGCUACAAGGAAGUCUUCUUGACACACGGCAACCCCAGUGUCACAGAUUUCUCUGAUCCUAAUGCUGGUCUCGUCGCCACUCUUAUACCCUGUGAUGUUGUCAUGCCAUCAUGCAUUCUCGAAGGUGACUCCAACAGUGAUAAUUCGGAGGAAGAUGAUUAUGGUUAUGUCUGGGAGGGUACACCUCUUUCCCUUAGCUUGUACCUUACCAUUGUCAUCGUCGUCUCGCAAUCCAGAAUGUGGUUCUGUUUUGUUUUCUCAGCCAGCUACAAAGGAGGACAGGCUAAAGAAUUGUGCACCACUUUAGAUAGGUUGACAGGUGGUUCAACAAUUGUCCUGCAUCAUCCUGGUACUACAUCUCCAACCUUGGACAUCUCUCCUGAAAACCUCAAGGCUGAAGUUUAUAUCAAUCCCAAAGUGCUCUUGGACCAUCACGAGCUUCACUCGGUCAUCGCUCAAAUUUCUCAACUCUUUAUCACUGACUAUGCAAUGCCUUUGGCCCGAGCCUUUGCAAAAAAUUGGAUUCAGAAUAAUUGGAAUGGCAGUGGCUCUCAAAUGCCUUUGAAAGGCAAGACAACAUCGAAAGGCAAAGGGCGAGCCAAUCCAACUCAGAUCCAACAUACUCGGGAGGGUAUCAGCACGAGUCAUCUGGUCCGCAAAGAGGAGCCGAGUUGGAGGACUGCCGUACUAGCAGCGAGUGUACAUCAGCCAAUGACCCUUACUGUUCUCAAUGAGUCCUCGAGCAGUGACCAGUAUGAGAGACCUCACCCUCCGUCAAACAGUGAUGAUAGACGUUACCCUCCAUCAAACAGCAAUGAUAGAUGUUACCCUCCUGCAACUCCUAUGAAGGGCAAAAGUGUAUCCUCUGAAUUGUCUCCGCCUACACCCAUGUUGAUCACUGCUAGGUCCACCUUUGAAUUACAGCAUUAUAAUGCACCAACACUUCUUCCUUUUGGGACUGAAAUGGAGGAAGUCCUAGAAGAGCUAGGCUACCCGGAUCAUUUUCAUCAGGUCUGCAUAUCAAUCGGCAAAGAUUACCUUCCGAAGCAGUGGAUUAUGAAAUUGUGGGAGCUCACUGAGAUCUUGGAGGAGCAUGCAGAGGCCAUCGGGAAUGCUAUGUUGACUGAUUCUCAGCCUGUCACCUCAUUCGCCGUCAGAAUUACUGUGAUGGUGCUCCCAGUAACUGCUUGCUCACACAAUCCUCGCUGGUUGGUUCCUCAAACACGUGCCCCAUAUAUCAAAGUAUUGAAAGAAGCCACAGAGUUGGCAUCGAAGUUCAAACAACCUCGAUGCCGCUACCUUGAGCGGUUGUCACUUGGUUCUGUUAUCCACCGCCACAAACACAACAAGACAAGUGCCUGGCAUGCCUAUAUGCACUUCAAAGGCAUCCAGAACAAUACCAACAAAAGUUUCAGUGAGAAGUCAAACAUCGCCGAUGUUGUCAAGGAAAAAACCGAGUACCACCGCCUUACUGCUGAGGAGAAGGAACAGCUUAUAAUUGACUUUGAUAAAGUCAAGAAGAGUUCUCAGGAUUGCCCUCCAAAUAUCACUGCUAAAUCACGUGCUGCUGAAUGUUCCCGGAGUUUUCAGUUGGUGAGAGAAGAGCUUGAAGCUCUCAAGGAAUGUGUUGGUGCUGAAGCCUUCAUCGUUAUGGUUCAUGGUGUUUCCGACUUCACCAUAGUGCCGAAGGCAUUCUUCACAAGCCCUGCAGCUGAACACUUUGUUCAUUUAUAUCUAUGUAAGGACAUCACGCAAAUGGCAACCAACUUCGAGAGCACUAUACUGGCCAAUGGCCCCAUUAUGAGCAAAGUGAUGAAUAAUCCCUCUGCAGUAAUGGAAUUCAGUUAUAAUGAUCUUGUCCAAUGCUACCACGUUAAGCUUGUAGGGUGGAACCACCCCUACUGGGCCAAUCCCUCUGACAUGAAAGGUGGCAUCAAGAGCCUUGAGAACGUGGUCCUUGCGAUUCAGGCCAAUACCUGUAAGUUUGUAACAAUAACACCACAGGAAGCCAAAGAGCGGAUGCAUUGUAUCAAUGAUGGAGAGAUUCUUACUCCUGACCUCAAGCCCUCGAUGCCACCCGACUUGCUGACUCCCAAUUCGACACACCUGGCCAACAUUCAUGUGGCUUUGUCAGAGCCUUAUGUGCACCCCUCCUCAUUCACAGAUGAAAUGGUGGAUCUUGAUCUUCAUGCGCUUGAUCACGCCACUUCUGAAAAUGGACCUCUCAUGGUACAGUUACCUCCCACUCCACCCAUGCCUACUCCUCCUCUUCCAAUGGCUUGUGAAGCAGAUGUUCUUGUCACAGCGACCAACCACAGUAAGAGAACCACAGAUGCUCUGCCUACCGGCACUUCGUGUUUGAAACACACUAGGAAACUCAUGGAGAAAGGCCAAUCUGAAUUAGAGUCAAGGAACCAUGCAUGGUGUGGGCCAACAAAGAAGGGGACUCAGCGUUCAAAAAAGAGUAAUGCACAUGUUGAAUCCGACCACGAAAACACCUAG